UUAGCAGUCUUAACAUUAAAAUGAGUUCCACCUUAUUUGAACCACUGUCUUCAAUCAAAGAGUUUUUAAAUGAUCAAAAUGACAGCUGCAACAUUGACAUUCAAGCUUCUGUGAGGAAAUGUAUGAACUGUCUGAAGGACAGCACUGUGGUGUCUGAUCUCUCAGAAGACCAGCAGACUGAGAUCAAGACCCUACUGCUGUCACUGCUGAGCAAGUCCUCCAACCCAAAGGAGACCAACUUGUUGACUGCCAUCAGCAUCUGCCUGCUGCUUCACCAGAAACCUGCCGAGCCUGCAGCCGCCGAGUUCCUGACCCUGCUGGAGCUGCCGUCCCCUCAGCCUUCCUACCACCAGCAGACACUGCUGCUUGGCCUGUUCGGCUGUGGGAAGCAGGACCUGCUGGGUGUGACCGCUCCGGACCGCCGGCCGAUGUCACUCCACCUCAGCCGCGCGGUGCUGCUCCUCUGCUCCACUCCCUACAACAUCUUCCAGUCGUUCCACCUGCUGGACUUGCUGCUCCACCAGCUGGCCUCGCUGCCGUCGCUGCCGCCGUCGGACGCUCUAACUACCGAGCUGCUGCGUCCGGCGGCGGCAGCUCUUUCCUCCAGCUGGGAGCGCCAGUGUGACGGGCUGCCCGAGCUGCUGACGCGCUGCUGGGCGGCGCUCCUGCAGCUGCACGCUCGACUUCAGCCCGGUGGAGAGUACGUGGACGAGCUGCUGCGACCCCUGGCGGCGCUGCCGUGGAGCAGCAAGACUAAAUUACAUACGCUGUAUGUGGUGUCGCAACACAUCGGCUGCCAGGAGCUUCUGCUCCGAGUGCCGGACCUGACGUCUGGUCUGGUGGAGGCCGUCUCAGGCCACCACCUGGCCUCCAUAAGCACCGACCUCUACCAGGAGGUGCUACAGGCAGCCACAGACGACCAGCUGCCGCAGCUGGAGAGACAGCUGGCCGACCUGCUGGUGUCAGACGAUAGUCAGACGUGUCAGACGGCCCUGCUGCGCUGGCUGCCGGCCGCCGUCCGCUGCCGGUCCGCCUCCGGUCGCCGCCUGCUGACGCUGCUGCCCGCCGACUCGGUCGCCGGCUGGACGGCCCGACUGGCCGCCGUCAGACUGCUCCGUGAGUCGGACGCCGACGCCGGUCCGGACGCGGAGGCGGCGCUGCGGGCCGGUCUGUCCCACCCGGAGCCGGGGGUGCGGCUGGCGGCGGCCGCUGCCUGCUGGGGACGCCGGGCCGUCGACUCGCCGCCGGCCCACCUCUGUCCGCCGCUGCUGGCGGCGCUGGUCUCGUGUUUAUCGGCAGACAGCUCCUCGCUGCGGCACGCGCUGUGCGCCGAGCUGCGCCGUCUGGUGCCGCGACUGAGGACGGCGUGUCUGCGCGGCCGGCCGCCGCCGACACACCUGCUCCGCCUCCUCAGGGGGCUGGUGGACGCCGUCCUGGAGGGACUCUCACCCGGCAGUAGUUUCCAGCGGCGCUGUACCUGUCUGGGGGCGCUCCAGGAGAUCGUAUCCCACCUCUACGCGCUGCCGGCGGGCGCUGGGGCGGCGCGGAAGGGCGUGGUCCCGCCGCAGACUGCCGUCCUGCUGCGGUACCUCGCCGAGCACCGGCCCGGAGGGAUUACCUGGGAUAUCGUGACUCGCGAUAGCCUGCGGACGCUACUACUGUGUCUGUACGACGAGACGGAUGAUGUUCGAGAGACGGCGCUGAAACUUCUCAUCACCUACUGGAUUCCUGCCGGUCUGCUCGCCACCUCCGACCGAGAACAGCUCACCGACUGGGCAGCCCGCCUGGCGGACCGACCCAACUUCCAUGACGUGGAGACCGCGGCCGCGCUGUGUCUUCUGUCGUUCGAGGCCGGUCGGUCGGAGGCUGGCGGGCCGCCGACGGAGCUGCUGGAGGAGCUCCUGUCAGCGGCAGAGGGUCAGGCGGAGGGAGCCAAGAGGGAUCUGUUCAGGGCGGCGAGAGAGGCGCCGGUUCACGGGCGACUGGCCUGCCUGAGGCGGUGUCUGUGCGGGACGGACGGGGCUGGACUGACGCAGGAGAUGGUGGAGAAGUGUGUGAAGUUGUUGGAGGGCGUGGUGGAUACCAUGUUGAAGGCUCUGGCCGGACAGCAGGUGGAUGAACAUGGAGGGACGGCGCCGUCGUUCGCUGCCAUGGGCGAGGCCGUGGAGUCAGUGGUGGCGGCCGCCGGUGGGGACACCACGCGCUCCUCGGCCCUCUCCAACCAGUACCAGCUGGUACUCUCCUGCUGCUGGCUCAGCCUCAAGGAGUGCAGUCUGUUCCUGGGAGAGGUCACCUCCUUCUGCCUCACCGCCGGCGGACCGGGGAUGUCUGUGACCACUCUGCGCGCUGUGGUGGCCACCAUCCGACGAGUGCUUACCGGCUGCCGACACAAAGGAGCCAUCGAGUCGGCGCGACUCGCCUGGAGCCGGCUGAGCACGGCCGCGCUACGGCACGCCAGCGGGGCCGUGCGGGACGUGCCGGCGGCCGUGCUGCGCGGCGUGCUGGCCGAGCUGCGGGCGGGCGGCGCGCGGAGCUCGGCCACACGGCGCGGUGCCGGCCUGCCGAUGUUGGUACAUACCCUACUGGCGGCGGAUAGACAGCCCGGACUGGCUGAUAGUACUGUGUCGGCGCUACUGGAGGUGGCUGCCAGUCCGCUGCCGCCCUCACCCACAACCCCCGCCUCCGCCCCCACCGAACAGCGGGUAGAAGACUGCAGCGCCGGUAGUGAAGCUCUGACCACAGACUCGGAGCCAUCACCAUCCCCCAGCGGUGCAGCGGACGCUGACGGCGCAGAGGCCGACCUGCCGCACACCAUCGCGCUUCACAUCCUCACCGGCCUGAUGAGUGACGCCGUCGUGUCGGCACAGGUGACGUCACGGCUCUGUGACGUCACCUGUGCCGCCCUGGCCGGACUGGCCUCGCCCGUCUGGAGUAUCAGGAACGCCUCGCUGGUGCUGUACGGCGCCGUGGUACCGCGUCUGAUUGGCCAGCGCAAGAGCCGGGACGACGUCUCCGGGCACAACUCAGUGCCGUUCGGUGAGCUGUUCGGCCGCUGGCCGGCGCUGGCCGAGCCGCUGCUGACGCUGCUGGCCGCCGGCGGACCAGCGCUGGUGGCGGCGCUGACGCUGCUGGCCCGAGUGACGGCCGCCGGCGCCGCCGCCGCCGGCUGGACGCCGCUGCUGGAGCGGUACCGCGCCGCGCUGGCGCCCCUGCUCGGCUCUCCAGCGGCUGCCGUCCGUCACCUGACGGCCCGCUGUCUGUCGGCGCUGCUGACCGAGCAGCAGCUGUCCGAGCAGCUGUCCGACCGCGGCGGCGGCUGUAACCGGCUGCACGGGCAGCUGCUGCUGGCGCGGGCGGUGGCCGGUCGACCAGCUCACAGGGCGGCAGUGGCUGAGGUGUGCAGACGUGGGCUGGCGGCGCCUAGUCCGGCAGUACAAUACCUGGCGCUGGAGCUGACCGUCUGCGACUCUGCCGCUGGUGCUGAGCUGGAGACGGCGCUGCGACUGGCGCGGAGAACGGUGCUGGAGGGCGCUGGACGGCCCUGGGAGCCGGGACAUCCGCUGCUGUUCGCUGCAAGUGUGAAAGUCCUGCUCAGAGAGCCGUCCUCGGCGGCUGAGGUGAUCCGCCGCGCCACCGAAUCCUCCAAGAAUCCUACCGCCGCAGACCGUCUCACUGACCCUCUAAUAGAGAGCGUCCACCAGACAGACAGUCCGCCCAGCGGGGAGUGUGCGGUGCUGUGUGCGCGGCGCGCGGGCCGGCUGCUUUCGACCGGCAGUCGCGGCCGGCGUCUGCAGUGGUCGCUGGAGCUGGCGCUGCGGCACCUGGACGGAGCUGCGGAGCUGCGCAGGGCGGUCAGCGCUGAACAGACGGUGCUGGCGGCGCUGCGCUCUGGUCCGGACCUUCUCCCGGCGCUGGCAGCGCUGGCGGCGGGUGGGGAGGACCCCCAACUCCUGCGGGCCGCCUGUGAGAGGACUCUCGCUGACAGCGCGCCCCGGUGUGGUCAGGACGCGCGGCGGCACGCGGCGUGUGCUCUGAGCUCGCUAUGGCCCUCUGUGGUGGCUGCAGGCGCGGAGGGGACGGAGCUGCGCCUACUUCUGCUCCUGGCCGCCGCCCGACUCCUGCAGGAUGAGGAGCAGGAGGUGCGCGCUGCCGCUGCUGCCUGGGCGGCGCCCCUGCUCUCGGGGCGGAACACCACUGACCUGCUCUCCCAGCUCCUAUCAGAGUGCGCCUCCUGUCCCUCAGCACCCUCCCUGGCGCUGCGUCUGGUGGCUCCCUCCCCGCCGACCCCGCGACUGGUACAAUCCGCCCUCAGCGCUGACCACCAGCUCUUCCAACCGGGACCGGACAACCCGAGCUGUGAGCCGGCCCGAAUCCUGUCUGCCUGCGCUCCUCUGGUCUCCAGCGCGACCGAGAGUGGCCCGGAGCUUCACCUGCUCUGGCGGCAGGCGGCGGAGACGGCCGAGCUGUUGGAGAGCUGUGCCAGUCUCGGGGAGCUGACUCGGGUACUGACGGCGCCCGGGGUGUUCGGGGCGGUUGAAUGUCUGGCUGGGGUGCUGGAGCUCCGUCCGCCGCCCGAGAGCGACUUCCCGCGGCUCGGGGAGAGACUGAGAGCGCUACUGAUGGCUGUGAGACGGGGGACCUGGGCUGGGGAGGGACGGGCGGAUCGGGGGGAGGCGCGGGUGACGGCGUGAUCCUUUCGUGUUGUUUUAGCUUGCACUGUUCCUGGACGAUAUGUCAUUCAGACUCCUACGUGCACUGAGCCUGUUUGUGUGUGCCAACUUUGUGCUUUUGCGUAUCAGCGCUCAUACUGCUUUGUUACCUGCAUUGCUUUUUACCCGGAGGUUGCAAUAUUGCAUAAUGUUGCAAUAUGCUGUGAAGCUUACACCUGCUGGUGUUGUUCUUUUACAAGUGUUUUUGUGCAGACUUCUACCUCGCACUUGAACGUUUAUGCAUGGAUAUCUUGCCAACUCAUCCAGUGUUCAUUCUUUCACCUCUGUUUUUUUUUUGUAAGGUGUCGUUUAGGGACCCAGUUGUUGUGCCUUGGCGCUUUUUCUUGCAAACGGUUGCAAGGUGCCAGUGUUUACGCACAACUGCCCAUUGGGGUGUCAGUCACAGGUUGUUGAUUUUUUUUUAUGCCAGUGCAAUAAAGAAUGUAAAUCAA